GUUUUCAAACUCGAAACCCAAUUGAAUGAAAGCUUCAUAAAAUCCGUUAACAAACAUUUGUGCUUCGCGGGUUGUAUACAGUAAGCGUUACUCUGAUGAGUAGUCCUACAGAUGAGAUCAUACAACUAACUAAUGACGACGCUACAUCCAGUAAAGCGUAUGCCAUUUCUCGGAGAUACUGGAAAGACAAGUAUAUCAGGUAUUUUUGUUCCUCUCCGUCACACAAAACUCCGGAGAUUAAUCGUGGCUAUUUUAUAAGAACAACUGCAUUCAGAGCGAUUGCCAUAUCAUUUAUAAAGUCCACAGGUGGAGCCUGUCAAAUUGUAAACCUUGGUGCAGGCUCAGAUACACUAUACUUCGCUCUAAAAGAUGUUCAGGAGACCCCAGAGCUAUACAUCGAAGUAGACUUGGCAUCUAACAUUCAGCAAAAAGCUAUGACAAUACAACGAAGAAAAUUGCUUGAAGCAACAAAUGCUUCACAAUCCAAAGACGAUAAUUUAAACCCAACAAUAAAUCAAAAGAAUUCUGUUGUCGACACACUACAUGAUAAUUUGCACUACGUUUUUGAAAUGGGACGGUUUCACUUACUGAGUUUCGAUUUACGAAGACCUGUUCAAGAUCUUCUAAAUGUUUUAUGUUCAACAGUUAAUGGAGCUGGUUGUUCCAAAAGUUGCCCAACUCUCUUCCUUGCUGAAUGCGUACUUGUUUAUAUGUCUCCAGAGGCAAGCUGUCAGUUAAUAAAGGGUCUUUCAGUAAACUUCCCACGUGCUUCAUUCCUACAUUAUGAACAGAUUGACUGGUGUCAUCAAAGCAAACUUCAAAUGGAUGUAAAUCACACGAAUUCAAAAGUAGCUUUACUUCGUCGCGUUUUUAUAGCCUUAAAUUAAACGAGAUUUUUUUAUUAUCAUUAGGCUAAUAGAUGAGUUACUGUUGUCACCAAAUGGAAGCUAUUUUUCUGUCCCAUGACUGAUCUUUUACAUGUUAUCUCUUCUCCAGAUUGAUAUACAAACUGGACUUACUUAAUGACUAUCACUUAUGGAAACCUUUCUUUACUAAUGACCUUUUAUACUAUCUCUCUUUAUAAAAACUUAUGUUCCCUGUGCUUAUGUAACUUAUAAACAUUCGAUCUCAUCAAAAUUUCUCCAAUCCUUUCGUAUUAUGUUACCUUAUGUAUGAGUACAUAAUUUAUUUCAUAAUUAGUACCUCGGAAUAUUAAUUACUUUAUUCCUCUGAUCUUUUAAUUAUUUUGUCAAUCAUUCUCAAUUACCUUCAUAAACACUAAUGAAUUUGUAACAUUAUUAUCUCCUACGACACUAACUGGUCAGUAUCGACCUUAUUAUUAUUGUUAUCCUUGUCAUUAUUAUCGUUAAGUAUAUAUAUUGGUGUAGAAUCAUGAUGCAAAACUAAUUGAAAAAGGAAUGUUUAUUCGCUGUAUUCGAAUCCCGUAUUAUCUAUUAUGCAGGUUAAUAUGAGCGAUUCAUUUGGUUCUAUUAUGAUCAAGAAUUUUCGUGCUCGUUCAUGUGAGCUUCCUGGUCUUAAUGCAUGUCAUUCACUGGCUACUCAAGAAGAACGAUUUCUUAAGGCUGGAUGGAAAAAAGCCAAAGGAUGGACUAUAAAUCAAGUUUAUAAAAUGUUACCUUCUAGUACUCGAUACAGAGUAGAACAUUUGGAACUAUUGGAUGACCUUGAAGUGACAAUGCAGUUGUUUGAUCAUUAUUGUAUUCUCCUGGCAACUAAUGAUGAAAUACUCUGCCCAGAUAAACAGUUGAAAGAAUCAUUAGCCACUAUUGAAUAGUCAUAUUCAUAUAUCAAAUAUGUGAUUCAUUACGAAAGUAUAUAAUGUACUGCAUUUUUCAUAUUUCGAUUUUCUUUUCUUUUAUUUUUGUCAAGUAUUUGUAUAAUUCAUCGUAUAACUUCAUUAGUUCCUACUUUGUGGUGUAUAUUAAUGCUGUAAAUGUAGACGACAAAAGGAUCCGCGUUAAAAUAUAUUUGUACAGAUGCUUGCAUUGAUUGUUUUUCUACCAACGCCGAAGUGCUAACUACAUCCCUAAAAUUCGAAAAUAAUGAUCAUUGAAUUCAGUCUUCGUAAGUGAAUGGUAUCGUGCCCACCGCAAUAACUGGAGAUUUUAGUCCCGAUUCAAUGUAUAGCCAUCGGUUCUCUGCUGAAUAACCUCAGACCAGGACGAAACAUUUGUCUGUAUCUGACGUCAGAUUGCGAUGUGAACUAUCCUUAGACACUUUUUUAAAGGUUAUAAUAAUCUCAACACGAUGUAAUUCAGUAGUACUCACGUCUGUUAAAUUGGAGAGUAACUUGAUAUAGAUUUAACCAUCGAAUAUUAUCACUUAAUAAUAACUAAUUACUUGUUUCCAAUAGUGUUAUCAACAGUAAACUGACUGUUUCACAUAUACGUGUACAUUUUCUGGUGUC